UUCACGGCUACCCGUCGCCGACAAGACUGAUUGUUGCGGCCGGUUGCCAUCUAUACUCACUCAGCUGAGGUGGAAUUUCCGGAACAAGGACUAAGAUACAGAAAAAAUAGCCUGUCAGUUUGAUGUUUUGAGAGUUUCCGGUCUUCAUCUCAUUUGUUUUGUAUUCUCCAGGUAAGUAUUCCAAACAACAGCGACGCCUUUUAUGUAAGCGGGAUGAGGUGAGCGUUAGAUUAUAGAUAUCGAACGAUCUCUGGAUCUAGCCGAAGAUGGCAAUCCGAAUCAAUCCGGUCUGCCGCCGGGCUUCUCAUUCGGCUUCCUCCCGGCUCCGACUACGUGAAUGCCUGCUCAGUCCAUGCCAUCGCAAGACGUGAUCCACCACCUCAUUCCUUUUCUCACGGAAUAUGCUCAAUCUGGCGAUUCGCGGAGGCCGUGCCUGUCUCGCCCAGUCUUCUACAUCCGACAUCAUCAUUUUUCCGUGUCUGCGGGAACGCGCCGGGGUGCAACAGACGCGCGUGACAGAGCUCAUGACCGCUCAAGUGCUAGGGCUGCAAGCUUGUGAAAUCGGCCGCUGGUAACGGGUGGGAGAGUCCCCAUAUAAGAAAAGGUCUAUAUAGGGCAUGUACGACGAAUGCACCAGGUAAUGCGCGGAAUCAUCGCAUCGGCUCUUCUGGCUCUGGCCAUUCCUGGUGCGAUUGCUGCCCCGUCGGUCAAGCUGGACAAUGGGACGUUCACGGGGAAGACACCCUCUCUGCGCACGGAAGGUUUCUAUGGUAUUCCGUUCGCUCAGCCGCCGGUUGGGGAUCUUCGAUUCCGGCUUCCUGUGGCCAACUCCCCUUACACCGGCACACACAAUGCGACGGCUUUCGGUCUCUCGUGCCCCCAACAGGCAAUUGCCCUGCCUAUCCUCACGGGUCUGCCGCAACAAGUCAUUGACACAGUCGUCAAUUCGAUCUUCGGCCUCGUGUUCCCUGCAUCCGAGGACUGCUUGACGAUCAAUGUAAUCAGACCGGCUGGGACCCCCGCGGGAGCCAAGUUGCCUGUCGUCGCGUGGAUUUUCGGCGGAGGAUUCGAACUGGGGAGCCCGUCCAUGUACGAUGGAUCCGUAAUCGUCGAGCGCUCUAUUUCGAUUGGAAAGCCCGUGAUCUACGUUUCCAUGAACUAUCGGGUUGCAGCCUUUGGUUUCCUUGCCAGCGCUGAAGUUCGCGCGGCCGGAGUAGGAAACCUCGGUCUUCAAGAUCGCGUUGCGCUGGAUCCAAAAGUACAUCUCAGCCUUUGGAGGAGACCCGACAAAGGUCACCAUCUGGGGGCAGGUUUCUCCCCUGCGUGUACCCAGGCUCGGUCAUUCAUCUUCGACAGGGAGUCCGCGGGCGCUAUUUCUGUCGCACUGCAGAUGUUGGGAAAUGGAGCGAACACAGAAGGACUGUUCCGCGCUGGUUUUAUGGAGUCCGGAUCACCCAUCCCCGUCGGGCCGGUCGAGAAUGGCCAGAAGUAUUACGAUCAGAUUGUGCAGCAAACCGGAUGCGCCGGGGCGAGUGACACGCUGGAGUGCCUGAGAACUGUUCCAUUCGCAUCGUUGAAAGCUGCGCAAGACGCCACGCCCUCCAUCUUUGCGUAUCAGUCUCUCGUUCUGGCAUGGAUCCCGCGUGAGGACGGCACGUUCUUGAAGGGGAAUCCGCAGAGCCUCGUGCAGCAGCUACAGGUAGCCAAGGUCCCAUUCGUGACUGGUGACUGCGAUGAUGAGGGCACUCUCUUCUCGCUGUCCACUCUGAAUCUCACAACCGACACUGCCUUUGCUGGGUGGGUCAAGCAGUUCUGGCUCCCGUCGGCUUCAACCACCCAGUCCAACACCUUCCUCUCCCUCUACCCAAGCAACAUAUUGGACGGCUCGCCCUACGACACAGGUCUGCUCAACGGCAUCACGCCCCAAUUCAAGCGCAUCGCCGCCUUCCAGGGCGACGCAGUAUUCCAGGCCCCGCGCCGCUUCUUCCAGCAGACAUUGUCGGGGCGCCAAAAUCAAUGGGCAUUCUUGAGCAAACGCGAGAAAGCCGUCCCCCUCUUGGGUUCAUUCCACGCAUCCGACAUCCUCAACAUCUACGCGGACGGGGAGCUCACUGAUUAUCUCAUCUACUUCACAAACAACCUGGAUCCGAACGGGCCCACAGUGCCCAGCUGGCCCGCGUAUACCAAGGCCUCGCCGAACAUGAUGACAUUCUUGGAUGGGCUGAUUCCGACGACUAUCAGUCAGGACACGUACCGGGCGGCAGGGAUGGCGUUCCUGACCAACAUCACAUUGCAGUUCCCGGUUUGAAGGAGCGAGCUUACGAUUCAUGGACCCCAUCUUUCUUGGGCAUGCCAAUUCAAAUUCCGCGCUGAUGGUAGCGACAAGUCUUAUAUCUUUAUGUCCUAGUGGACUUUCUUUUUGGUGUCUACGUCAAAGCGGCCUUGCGUGCUGAUGUGAUAUACUGUGAAAAUACGUGUCGCCACUCCCCAUCCGUCAAAAUCUCCAGAAAGCCUGUCUCGGCAUUUCAGAAGUUGGAUCGUGCUUAGACUUGUACCAAUGUCCUCUGACCAGGUUUUACGGUGAUUGCGCCUUUACAGAAGCUGCUGGAAGCUUCGGGGGUCAGUUGCGGGGCCGGCCUUGGUUUUUGAAGUGACCACUCCGACAUAGCCAGGGCAUUUCCAUUUAUAUCAGUAGAUUUCACGGUAAAUUCGUGCUUUGGAUGAUGCAGG